AUGGUAGAGUUUCAUGAAGAAGAGGAUGAUCCUCUCAGCCCAGCAAACGCAGAAAUUGAUCAAGAGGAAGAUGAAGUUGAAGAGAUUAGCUAUGAUGAUCUCAAGAAACGGAUGUGGAAGGAUCGGCUGACGAUGGAAAAGCUGAAAAGGAUGAUGGAAAAUGAAAGGCUGCUAGCUGAAUCCCAAGCUAAAGAAGAUAUGUCAAGAAGGAAGAAAAUGUCAAGAGCUCAAGAUUCAAUUCUUAAGUAUAUGGUGAAGAUUAUGGAAGUCUGCAAUGCUCAAGGGUUUGUUGAUGGGAUUGUUCCAGAGAAGGGCAAAGCUAUGACUGGCUCAUCUGACAGUUUGCGCGAAUGGUGGAAAGGUAAGGUCAAGUUUGAUCAAAUGGCUCCAGUUGCCAUAGCCGAAUUCUUGCCUAAAAUUAUUCAAGAAGGUGGAGUUGAUCCAAAUUCGCUUUUGUAUCUUCUUCAAGGUAUACCAGAUACUAUUUUAGGCUCACUUCUUUCAGCUCUUAUGCAACACUGCGUUCCUCCCCAGCGGCGGUUUCCGUUAGAGAAUGGUUUGCCACCGCCGUGGUGGCCUACCGGGAAGGAACUCUGGUGGGGUGAUCAGGGGAUGGCGCAAGAACAAGGCGCACCACCGUAUAAGAAGCCUCAUGACCUUAAAAAGGCAUGGAAGGUGAGCGUUUUGGCUUCUGUUAUAAUUAAGCAUAUGGCUCCAGAUUUUAACCGAUUGAGGAGGUUGGUGAGGCAGUCUAAAUGCUUGCAAGAUAAAAUGACAGCCAGAGAUACUUCUACUUGGUCCAGAAUUGUUGAUCAAGAGGAAGCCCUUUCGAAAUUGACUGAGAAAGCACUGAAGAUUUCACCAUCCGAGCAAGAUGAUCAAGAAAAGGAAAAGGAGGAGGGCCUUAAUUUGGCAAGUGUAGCAGCAAGUGAGAAAAGGAAGUGCAUGUUUGAAUGUGAGGUGAUUUUGGAUAGUUUGCUUGCUUGCCAGAACUCUGAUUGUCCACAAAGUAAUCUAAGUUCUGGAUUUUCAGACAAGAAUUCUAGGUCUGAGCAUGAAAAAACAUGCAUUUACCGCAAGAGUGAUGGUGAAAAGAAUGAUGCAGACAUUAAAUCUCAAGAAUCUAAUUCAUUUCCGGUUGGUCUUUCAAUCUACCAUCAACCAUUUCCUGAAGGACAAGUAUUGUUCACAGCAGAUCAAGUAAUGGUUAAUGAUGAUCAUCAUGGGGUGACCAGCCAACAUGAUUGGAUGGAUACGUAUCAUGAUGAAAUUGGACAGCUUCCUUUGGAUCAUGAUGCAUAUGGAAACAUGGACUUAAAUUUGAUUCCAUCAGAAGAAAGUCCAGUUCCACAAGAAAAUGCAACUUCGAUUUGGGAUUUGUCAUAUCAUUAA